AUCUUCGUUGGAGAAUGAUGUAAUGAAUGCCUGUGCUGCUUUGUCGCGUUUAUAAAUACUUAGAGCGCGGACCUUGAUGAAAACUACUAGACACUCCCCUUCGAUCGCCCCUCCCUGUUACGUUGCAAAUGUGUUGAUUGGCUCUGAGUAUCACUUCCUCAGCCAAUGAGGCACUGAGCAAGCCUGUGAUGGCCUGGUACAUAUAAACAUAAUUUCGUUAGCGUUAAACGCAUCAGCAAUUUGUUGAAGCUAAUAUAAAACAGUAAUAAAAAAAAACCACAAUGAGUGGAAGAGGCAAAACCGGAGGCAAGGCUAGGGCUAAGGCCAAGACUCGUUCAUCCAGGGCUGGACUCCAGUUCCCCGUGGGCCGUGUCCACAGGCUGCUACGCAAAGGUAACUAUGCCGAGCGUGUCGGCGCUGGUGCACCGGUGUACUUGGCCGCUGUGCUCGAGUAUCUGACGGCGGAGAUCUUGGAGUUGGCCGGUAACGCUGCCCGUGACAACAAGAAGACCCGCAUCAUCCCCCGCCAUCUGCAGCUAGCUGUCCGCAACGACGAGGAGUUGAACAAGCUGCUCGGCGGAGUGACCAUCACUCAGGGUGGUGUGCUGCCUAACAUCCAGGCUGUGCUUCUGCCUAAGAAGACCGAGAAGUCCAAGUAACUUGAUACCGGUCAACCUACAUCGACUCAAAGGCUCUUUUAAGAGCCACCCACUCAUCUCCGUGAAAGUAUUUAUUCUAUUUCUGUACUGGUUGUGUCUUGAACUGAUCUUGAAAAUAAAAACAAUCAUGAAUGUGUUGUGAAAGACAGACAUGGGACGGUCGGCCAAUUACCCUGGUGUUCGUCAUAAGUUACGGUUUGAAUUGGGAACGACAGCACAGUGUUACUCAUAUAACCACAUCAACAAAUCCAGACGCCCAGAUAUAUUGUUACCGCUACAUUUGUAAUCGUUUUUGUAACACUACAAUAAUGUAGUGUCCACAAUCGUUGCACAAA